UUGAAAAUGGAGGUGGCAUGGACGAGGCACUGGACUUCUAUUUUUGGGCUGUUAAUAAUUAUUCAAUUCUUCUUCUGUAAUCACUCUUUCGCGGAGGACCCAGAAAGGAGUAUUAUAGGCGAAAACAACAAUGAUGAAUCGACACAUGGGGUACAGCUACAAAUAGAUGGUGACAAAGUGGUGAUGGAUAAUGGCAUCAUACAACUCACCUUGGCGAAACCAGAGGGCUCUGUGGUGGGAAUAAAAUACAAAGGAGUUGAAAAUUUACUUAGUCACCGUUACAAAGAAAGUAGUAGAGGGUAUUGGGAUUGCGUUUGGCAAGAAAAUGGACAAUGGGUGUAA